AUGCCUUACCUAUCCAAACUCAAGCUCUUCAAACAGCCCAAAACUCACAAAACUGCCCCCAACCCCACCCCUACUAGUCGUCCAGAUACCCAGGUUAAGAAUGCUCUCACCCAGAUUAGGCACCCUCCUGCCCAGGACAAGCAUUCUCCCACUCAGGUAAAGCAUGCUCCCAUCCCAGCAAUCCAUCCAUCUAUCUAUACACCCACUUCCAUACCUAAGAAGCCUGAAACGUCAGAGCCAGACUCAGAGGAAGAAGACGUGAUGAAUAUGAUCAAGCCUGACCCGGAAGAAGUAGAUGAGCACUGGGAUGAGAUGGAGGAUCUUACAGAAGACCGUGAGUGGACUGACGAGCAGCUGAUGGAUGAGGCACGCCCAGGACGUCGUCACGCUGCUUAG